GUUUGGCCCAGACGCAAAAAGGUCCCGACCACCAGUUCUUCUGUGUCCUCCGAUCCGGACGGACGUGAAAUUCGUUUGCCACCUUGCAGCUAUAACUAAGGAAAUCACAUACGCCGUUUUUUUUGUGUGGGCACUUCCUGUAUAGAAAACCAACUCGAUUCUCUGUUGGGUUUCUCGUGGAAAAAAAAUUCAAAAAGUGCCACAAGGAUUUAAAAAACGAGAACUAUACCCAGCAGCUUUUGACUAGAAAAGAGGUCAUCGGUUUAACUCUUUGGAUUUCCCCAAAAUAGCUGGAAAAAAAAGAUGCUGAAACAUUUGUUACUAAUCCAAUUGGCCUUCGUUGCCAUCCACGGAGCGUCACUGCGGGAUUCGAUCGUUUUCGACGAACCAUCCGGCCAGUGGUUGAGAGAUCCUCGAAUUAUAUUAGACGACGCUGCUGGCGUCCCACCGGCCCUCCGUCUCAAUCCCGUGGGUUACCAUCACUACGAUGAGAUGACUGCUUAUCUCAGAGCAGUCCAUGCAGCAUAUCCUCAAUUGACGUCACUCUAUUCGAUUGGCCAAUCUGUCCAAGGGCGGGAGCUGUGGGUUUUACUUAUUUCUACGACGCCUUCGGAAAAGACGCUACUGAAACCAGAGGUGAAAUACGUCGGAAAUAUCCAUGGCAACGAGCCGGUAGGCCGAGAACUUCUUCUACGCUUGAUUCAGCAUCUCCUAGUGAAUUACCCGCAAGACGAUUACGUCAGGUCUCUUAUGGAAACGACCAACAUUCACAUUAUGCCUUCGAUGAAUCCCGAUGGCUUUGAAGUGUCAAGAGAAGGUGACUGCGGGGGCGUCCAAGGAAGAUACAACGCCAACGGGAAAGAUCUGAACCGGAAUUUCCCCGACCUGUUCAAAGGCGGAAAAAACAAUGGAGAUGCACAACCGGAAGCCAACGCAAUCUCUCGAUGGAUGAGUCAAAGACAGUUUGUCCUGUCUGCUGCAUUUCACGGAGGGGCUUUGGUGGCUUCUUAUCCAUUCGACAACAAGGAAGUCACGCUCAACUUGCCUCAUCUGGGUGCUGGACGCUAUCAGCCGUCUUUGACUCCCGACGACGACACCUUCAGACACCUUGCCACAAUGUACUCGUUCAAUCAUCGCAAAAUGCACUCGGCCGGCGCUUGUUUCCCCGGUGAUACGGUUUUCCCGAACGGAACAACCAACGGAGCCGCUUGGUAUUACCUGGCCGGUGGCAUGCAGGAUUUCAACUACGUCUGGAAUGGAGCUAUGGAAUUGACGCUGGAAGUCGGAUGCUGCAAGUACCCAAAAGGCGAAACACUGCCCGAAUACUGGCAAGAUAACAAACAAGCCAUGCUCAAGUAUCUGAACGAAGCUCACCGCGGAGUUCGUGGCCAGGUGUUUGACUCCCAAAACAAUCCCGUGCCAAACGCCAGCAUCCGAAUCAAAGGUCGCAGUUUCGGUUCGAAAACUACUCCCUUGGGCGAGUUCUGGCGUAUUCUCAUGCCGGGAGUCUACAUUCUUCAGGUCGAAGCUGAUGGAUUCUUACCGUUCGAGCAGACAUUCCAGGUGGAAGAAGGUCUCCCUACUCUGGUCAAUGUGUCGUUGAGGCGUGGAAAUGAUAAGACUAAUACAUUCAACGAUCGAAUUCCGUUGCCGCAACUUGUCCAACCUCCUCGUCGGACAUCCAUUUUCUCUUCGUUGAGCAACUUUUUCGGCGGAUUAGGCCGUGCAAAAUAAAUAACGUGUGUGCGUGUUCGAUUAAUAAAAACGGCAUUAAGUUUGAUAUUUUAUACCCUCCGCUUUUAAUUCUAUAUAGUUCCUGGUUGUUGAACGACAAGACAAUUUCAAAGUUGUACCAAUAA